CCCGUCGUCCCCGUUCGCCGAUCGACCUCAAAGUUGAGCAUACUACAGUACUUGGCUACUUACAACGUUACAAUUACAAGUGCGAGUACUGGAUUCAGCAGCUCAGUAAUUAUCAGUCAGCGUUCAAACUAGUCAAUACGACCAUGCAUGCCAUACACGGACGAUAGAUUGACAGCUUGCGCAAUGACCGUCCGACCAACAGCUUAUAGCGCGGUCUGGGCGUUGCUCCUGUUGGGUGCCAUCCAGCCCUGCAUAGCGGCUCAGCCUGCCUGUCUACCCUCGGCUGUGGGUAGCCAGGACGUCAUAAAUGACUUGUUCCGUAACGGUGGUUCCAAGACUACCGUAUAUCUCUGUCCCUUGUCGGUGCAUCAUCUCGAUUCGCCCAUCGUUUUCACCAGCCAUGAACAGACCCUCACAACGCUUGGCGAUCCAAAAGAUUGGACGCGGGCAACGCUGCUUGUUAAGGGGCCGGACCAGUCAACCGCUAUCAAAGCCGACUGCCGGCAUUGCAACAAGGUCAACAUCAAAUCCCUCAUCAUCGACGGAAACCGACCAGAACUUUUGCGCAUCAAGCAGGGGGACGCCUUGGUGGAAUUAGGCAAUGCGCAUUCACAGACUAUCAAGGAUUGUCGUAUACUUGAACCAAGAGGGUGGAGCGCGCUUCAUUACCGUGAGGGUGACGAGAAGCAAUGUAGGGGCGGCAUCAUUCGGAACAACGAAAUUGGGCCUGCCGGCGAGGAAUGGGACGACGACUAUGACGGUCCGGAGAAAGAAGGGGCGCGUUGGGGUAACCCAAGAGCGGACGGAAUAAGUCUGGCUUGCAUGGAAAGUCUGGUCGACAGCAAUAUCGUGUAUGAUGCUACCGAUGGGGCGAUCGUCAUCUUUGGUAGUCCCGGUAGCGAGAUCAAGAACAACAGGGUGAUUUCAAAGACCCGAAUGAUCAUGGGAGGUAUCAACUUGGUCGACAUCGAUCCAUGGGAUGGUGAUUAUUCCCGUACGCGUGUGCAUCACAACACCAUCUCUGCAUUUGGAUCGUAUAUCAAGGGAGGGAUCAACGUCGGAAUGGCUUGCUGGACCGACGAUACCGAAUCCAUCGUCCACGGAGGAACAGUGAGCGACAACAUCAUUGAGGGCGACCAGAUCGGAUACGGCAUAACGGUCGCGAGCGCAAAGGCGUUCAAGGUGUUGAGGAACAAGAGUACGGCCAAAUAUUCCGGAUUCAAGGGACGAACCUGCCCACACGCACCGGAGAAUGCCGAUCCUGGACCGUUCAUAUUCAAUCGAGGCAGUUCGGAGGGUACCUUUCAAACCGACUUUGUAAACGGAGAAGUUCAGCACGCCAUCUGCAUCGAUCCGAAACCGCUGACGGGUCAUCCUUAUCGCCCUUGGCGGAUGAGAGACGCUCCGGAAGCGACAAAGCUCUUGGCCUCCCGAAGGACUACAGCUGAUAUUGCGAACAUAGGCGGUCAAGUCGAUCCGGACGUCGCAGAUCACAUUGUGUCGUAUCAGCUGGAACUCAUGACCGCGAUGCACGCGCUCAGCUCGAAGAUAGGAGACUCGCCGAAAUCCUCGGUAGAGAAGACGAAUUCGGGACGAAAAGGCCUGCGACGUGGUCGCGAAGCCAGAAAUAGCGGUCCUAUCGUUGGCCAGUCACCUUUUAGCGCCGCUCUUGCAGAUCUUAGCACACGGCUGGCCAACCUAGAAGUUGAAAGAAAGCAGCUCCGAAGCAUGUUCGAAACCAUGCAAAGCGAGCUCUCUUUUCAUAAUAGCAAGCUGUGGGCAUGGAAGACUGAUCAGGGUAGUCUGCUCGACGAAGUCUUGGUGAAUGCAAAAGCGGUCUCUGCGGUUGCACAAUCCGCUAUGCUCGGUAGCACAGGCACGAAUGCCACUUCGCACGAGGGUGCCCCAUUGCCUCUCGAACCGAGCAGCGACGCUAGCGGCACGCAAGACGUAGCCAUCGUACUCAUCGGGAUCGAAGUCCUGCUAGGCCUGAUAUACCUGGUCUUCAGUAGGAUCAUCAACCGAACGCCGACGGUCAAACGGACGGUCCCGGUCAGCGUUAGCCACAAAGCACCCGAGUCUUCUGCUGGUAUCCUUAUCGACCGGAUGGCAGAUCGACUUGCUCUCGACCGACCGGGCAACGAUACUGCUUCUCUCACUCCGGUAGGCUUCGGGAGUACCCUCAAGCGCGAGAACUCGGUGGGGAGGAAUCGACGGAGAGGCACGAGCGGUUCAGGUCAUGGUCUGUUACGAGACGAGUAUACAUGAGGUAGCUCGUUUGUACACCUAUCGGCGGCCGUUAGGUGGCGACCGUGGGUCCUCUAGUUGUAUAUCAAUAAUAUCUAUCAUUGUCCUUC